AUGAAUGGUGAGCUUCACUCAAAUCAGUACUCUCGGAGUCUUUGGAAGGUGGUCUUUGAGUUGCAUGGUUUAGUGGGGUUGGCGGCUGCUGGGUGCAAAGACCUAGCAACAUGCGAGAAUAUGCUUUGUCUUUCCGAGUAUGGCUUUGAGGGCCGUCUGCAUGUCGCAUCGGAGGUGGACCGGUGUACCUUGCUCCGAUUUCUCCGAGCUGAGAAAGGGAAGUGGCGCGCUGAGAGCGGGUCCCAAACUCGAGGACCUACACCCAUAAACCGAUGUAUAUCAGGUGUGGGUCCACUGUCAGUGCGUGCCGAAAUAUUUCCAUCGCUCGAGCCACGCAGGUGCGAAGCGCAGCACAGGACAUCAGUCAUUGACACCGUCUUAGCCAUGUUACCAUCAAGUUCUUCGCUGCUGAAUGAUCUGCAGGCACCAAUCGAAGUCAAGAUGGGUGAGGCGUGGCGAGUCCUGUACCCCGGUGGGAUCCUGGCAAUUGCCACGAAUACCAUGGUGGAGGUACGGCUCCGGGAACAUAACGCGGUGAAGGGUCAGUGGUGGGCAAAGGAACAGCUGCAAGCAUCGAGAUCCUUCCCCGGCUUCAGUGAAGUGGCAAAGGAAAUAGACGAAGCUGAGCGGCGGGCAGUGAAUCGUGAGUAUGAGCGCAAUCAGCGCAAGGAGGCCGCAAAAACGACUCUCAAGAAUCGGCUGGCAAGAAGACUGAGGAGGAAAAACGCUGAAGAAACUUUCGCUGCUCACGCACGCUAUUUUGCAAUUGCCCUCAUUCUACUGCUCAUAUGCGCAGGGAUUCCUCCAGCAGACGUGUCAAUGGCCUUGGCGUUGACAGCCGCUGCAGCUUUGCUCUUUGUGGUUGUUUGGUAUUUUGCUAGUGCUUCGACAGCACAGGCUGACUUCAAGUACGGAUCAUGGCACGCUCCAGGGUCGUUGAUGUUCCAAUGCGGCUAUGCGCUGGGAAAUGUUGCUAUCAUCUUCAUGGGGCUUUACCACACGUUGCUACUUUCAAAAUUCCAUCGUUCAGGUUCCAGGCUGUACUUCCUCAGUGCUCUCAUACUCUGGCCCCUCACGUGUGCCUCCUGCAUCUUCUGUGUAGGCUGCAGAUCCUGUAGAUUUGCUGCGGAGGAUGCUGAGGCCCAGAGAGCACUCUCAGAGGAGCAAUCACAAGCCAAAGUCCAGGUUCAGGAAGCGAAUAAGCGCACGAUUGUCUUCCAAGGCUCAGUGCUGCCAGACCGCAGGUGGCCCUGCAUUGUUUCCUGGCCGGGGAAGUACGAGGGCGCUUGGGAUGAGCUAGUUGCUGCAAGUCGGCGCGGCCAAGUUAGUGCCGGUGUAGUCUUCUUGCCCAAGACGACACCGAUGUACGGCAAGCACGACCCCAUCCCCCCCGCGGAGCACAUUCCGGGAACAUGUUGGUGCGAUCCCCUCUAUGGUGGGGAACAAGAGCACGGGUGUCGGUGGUGGAGCCUGUGGAUCAAGAACAUUGACGCAGCUCACAGCAUCGGUGCACCGCUUCAUGUCUAUUUCUUCAAAGAUGCUGUAGGCAAAGGUAAAAUCGAGAGCUUCGACAUAGCUGGGCGGGAGAAUCGUCGGCGACAGGACAUCAACAAGCGUCGCGAAGAGUUCAAGAAGUCCGAGCAGUUCACGUGCCUGCAGAUGGAGAUGGCGAGGCUUCGAAAGAGCGAGCCCCUUUGGAGGUUUUGGACAGCAAAUCGUUUUGAUCAAUCUUCCCACUACAGCCGAGAGGAAGAACGUUGUUUCCGUGAGUGGCUUCCACGAGAGGAAUCCGAAAUCUUAAAGAUGUCGGAAGGCCUUGGGACCUCUCAAAAGGCUGAAGUUGCAUGGCUGAAACGUAAAGGCUACGACUACAAAAUGAUUGAUGUAUCCUACUGGCUCGAUGCUGAGUUUAAGCCAAACGGUUUGUACAGCCGCCUCACCGUUUCUCACGACAGCCCAUCGCAGGCUGGCAACCUCCAGCCAGGAGUUCAACUCAUCGGCCAUCCGCAGGCUCAAUUGCCUGGGCCUGACCGGCCUCCUGGCCUGUGA